UCCCAAUAAGAGUUUUUCUAUCGAGGUUGUCUUCUUUAACCCAAUUUGGAGAAUUGAAGCUCAGAUAGUAAAUAUUUUUAUUCUCUUCUGCUUCCCCUCCUUGCCGCCACCCGCAGCGCAAGAGCCUAGAAUUUCCUCCAAUUUUUUCUCUUCUUUUUAGUCGUGUGAAAACCAUCAAAACCUCCUGCUUCUGCCGCGGUUGCCUUUUGCUACUUGCAAAUUACUCGUCUUUCUGCUAGUAGCAUAGAAAGGGGAGAAGAAAAAACAUGGCGAACCAUGGUGGAAAAAUGAAGUCCGUCUCUAUAAACGGGGUGAAAAUGUAUACAAUAUCUUCCCACCUGCGCUCCGUAGCUGCCUGGCUCUCUCUUAAGAAGCAGCGAUCUCUCCGCAAGGACAAAAGUAUUGGCUGAUGACUAUUCAAAACUUGCAUUCUUAUGUGCUGAUCGUUCUGUUAAUCUACAUGCAAAAUAUGGAAAGCACUACAGUCUGCGGAUUCCAAGGAUGGGAAGGGAUAUUGCAUAUGAUUGCUGGUCUUGUGACCUGCUUUGUGCUGCAUCAUCUCCAGAUCUAUACAGAAUUAAUUUAGAACAGGGAAGAUUCUUAUCCUCUCUUAACACACAAUCUCCAGCACUGAAUGUGGUUUCUAGAAGGUUCUUGUGGAAUCAUGCUCCAUGGAUUAGUUGUUUGUGGUGGUGAGGAUGGUGCUGUUGAGUGCUUCGACAUGAGAAUGAGAUCUUCAAUUGGCAGAAUCAAUGCUGUUUCACCUGCAGGUGAUGCUGAUGAGGAGGUUACUGCAAUAGAUUUUGAUGAGAAUGGGGGUUUCCUCAUGGGUGUUGGAAGUAGUGCAGGAAAGGUGCUGAUCUAUGACUUACGUUCUUCAUCUCCUAUUCGAGUUAAGGAUCACAUGUAUGGUAAACCAAUAUUGGAUAUUAAGUGGCACAGCACUCUAAACUUUGAGCGACCAAAAUUAAUUACUACAGAUUGUCAUAUUGUUAAAAUAUGGGAUCCUGAGACGGGAGAAGGUAUGACUAGCAUUGAACCAACAGCUGGGGCUAUCAAUGAUAUCUGUGUGUUCAAUGAUAGUGGGCUGAUGCUACUGGCUUUGGAUAGCACCCAGAUACCUGCUUAUUUCAUUCCUGCUCUGGGACCUGUUCCUAAGUGGUGUUCUUCGUUGGAAUCUCUAACGGAAGAGCUUGAGGAGGGUGGACAAACAAGCAUAUAUGACAAUUAUAAAUUUCUGACAAAAGAGGAACUUGAGAAAUUGAAUCUGACAAAUCUAAUUGGGACCAAUCUUCUGCGAGCGUACAUGCAUGGGUUCUUUAUUGACUAUCGGUUGUACAAGAAGGCAAAAGCAUUGGCAGAUCCUUUUGCGUAUGAAACUUACAUAGAGCAACGAAAACAAGAAAAACUGGAGGCUGAGCGUAGCAAUCGUAUAACGAUGAAGAGAAAAUUACCCAAGGUUAAGGUUAAUCAAGAUCUUGCAGAGCGAAUCUUGGAGAAUGAAGAAGCUGAAAAUGAAAAGAAAGACAAUGAUGGUAAUGAGAGUAAGAAAACUUCGAAGAGGAAGAAAAAUGCGCUUAGCACUGAGAUAUUUAAAGAUGAUCGAUUUACCCAAAUGUUUGAAAAUAAGGACUAUGAAAUUGAUGAGCAAUCACAAGAGUUUCUUGCUUUACAUCCAAUGGCUUCCAAGAAGCAGCCGUCUUUGGUUGAGGAACAUUUUGAACCUGUUAUGGAUAACAAGGAUCAGAUAACAAGUGAUUCUGAUGUCUCAGAAGCAUCGCAAUCAUCAGAUGACUUUCCUGUCAAUCAUAAGAGUAAAAGAAAGAAGUCACAAGGUCCAAGAAUGUACGAAGUUAAAGAUAAGCGGCAUGCAGAAGCAUUUUGGAAUAAUGUUUCACUUGCCAAGGAAGAUUCUCUUCCUAUGGGAGAGAGGGUGAAGGCUCUCCAAGAUGACCAAAGGGUGUCGGGUUUACCAAGUGGCGUGAAGUUGGGGUCAGGAGGGUCACGACAGAUUUCUUUCAUUUCUAGAAGUUCAGCCAAAAACAAGGAGGAUGAGGAGAAAUUGACUCGGCGUGAGAAGAGAGGAGUUCAGUUAUUAGGUCUGAAGCCAGAUAGAUCAAUGUUUGGAGGCCGAGGUAGAGGGCGUGGGAGAGGAAGGAGAGGCAGGAGGUGAACAUGUCUUGCAUUUAUAUUGGUCAAUUUUCAGUUCAAUGCUGGUCAUGAUCCUGCUAAUGGCAUCUCUUGGACCCGUUGGAUGCAGCCCUAUGGUCUGAUUAUUCAAGGAAAGCCGCGCUGCUUAGAGUUAGGGUUGAAAGGUUAAGGGGGGAUUGUUACGGGGUGGACAGUUUUGUCUUCUGCAUGGUGUAUUAAUUUUUUUAUAUAAGGGAAAUUGAUUAAUUUAAAACAAUUACAUCAUCCUUGGCCAGCAAUACCAAACAUAUCUUCGGAUAAAGGAGUAGAAAUAUUAGAUGGGGGGCAAUCAAUACAUGUAAGCCUAAUGUUAAAUUUUCAUGAUGUGGUCAACCAAUUUGCACACAUGAUUGGCUUUAUGAUAUACGUGAGUAUAAAGCAAUCCCAGUUCCUUUAUAAAA